UUACGGCCUUGCACGUUGUGUGUAUAGAGUUGGAAAAGCGGAGCGUUUCGGUUGUAGUGCAGUGGCGUUGUAGAUUUUUAUUUACCCAAAUCGGUACCUUGUACUUUGUUUUCUUAACUAUUUUUUAAAUUAAAAGUCAAAAUCAUGUCGGAACAGGUGAACGCGCUUUGUGAACAGCUGAUAAAGGCAGUGAAUGUAAUGAUGGAUACGGAAUCAAGUCAACGAUACCGACUGGAGGCCCUAAAGUUUUGUGAAGAAUUCAAGGAGAAGUGUCCGAUUUGUGUCCCCUGUGGACUUAAACUAGCAGAGAAGACCCAGCCACCAAUUAUCAGACAUUUUGGUCUUCAGAUACUGGAACACUGUGUCAAAUUCCGCUGGAACAAUAUGCCACAGCGGGAAAAAGUAAAUUUGAAAAACAAUGUGAUGGGAUUAAUAUCAAAUGGCAUUCGUCCCAUUCUGGAAGAGGAGAGUCAUAUCAAGGAUGUUCUGUCCCGAAUUGUGGUGGAGAUGAUCAAGAGAGAGUGGCCGCAGCACUGGCCUGACAUGCUGAAGGAACUCGAGUCUCUCACAAAGCAGGGGGAAGCGCAGACGGAGCUGGUGAUGUUCAUUCUGCUGCGGCUGGCAGAGGAUGUAGUGACCUUCCAGACCCUCCCCACCCAACGCCGGCGCGAUAUCCAGCAGACCCUCACCCAGAACAUGGAGAACAUCUUCAACUUCCUGCUUAACAUUCUGCAGCAGAACGUCAACAAGUACCGCAAAAUGAAAACAGACCCAACACAGGAAAUUAAGGCCAAGGCUCACUGCCGUGUUGGGGUAGCUGCUCUCAAUACCCUGGCAGGCUACAUUGACUGGGUGGCCCUGGUUCACAUCACAAACGAUAACUGCCGGCUGCUGGAGAUGCUAUGUCUCCUGCUGAGUGAAGCUGAGCUACAGCUGGAAGCAGCAGAGUGCCUGCUCAUUGCUGUCAGCAGAAAGGGAAAGCUGGAAGACCGGAAGCCUCUAAUGAUCUUGUUUGGGGAUGUAGCAAUGCACUAUAUUCUCUCUGCUGCACAGCCUGCGGAUGGAGCAGGACUCACAGAGAGACACUACGUUUUCCUAAAACGGCUGUGUCAGGUUUUGUGUGCAUUGGGCGGUCAGCUGUGUGCACUGCUGGCAUCUGAUGUUGAUGUUGAAACCCCAGCCAACUUGGGCAAAUACUUGGAAGCCUUCCUUGCGUUUACCACUCACCCAAGCCAGUUUUUAAGAUCUUCAACCCAGGUCACUUGGGGCUCGUUAUUUAGACACGAGGUUCUGUCUAAAGAUCCCAUGACAAUGGCAAUAACUUCAAAGUACGUGAGAGCCUCCAUGACCAACCUUGUUAAGGUCGGAUUCCCAUCUAAAACAGAUAGCCCAAGCUGUGAAUAUUCUCGUGUGGACUUUGACAGCGAUGAAGAUUUCAACGCCUUCUUUAACUCAUUCCGAGCCCAGCAAGGUGAGGUUGUCCGUAACGCCUGCAAACUGAUCCCUCUGGAGACCUUCCAAAUGGCCGGGGAAUGGCUGCAGUACCAGCUGAACACGCCCAUUGACAUCGGCCCAACCACAUCGAAGACCGCAGAAGGCCUGUGCUCUAUCUUCUCUCCGUCGUAUGUACAGUGGGAUGCCAUGACUUUCUUCACGGAGAGUGUUGUCAGCCAGCUGAUCAAGUUUGUGGACAAAGAGAAACUCCCGGUGGAUCAGGGUAUGGAGCUGCUGCAGGCUGUCCUGAAUUACGAGACCAGAGACCCGCUCAUACUCUCCUGCGUGCUGACCAAUGUGUCAACCCUCUUCCCGUUUGUCAACUUCCGGCCUGAAUUCCUGCCCCAGGUCCUCUCCAAGCUAUUUUUAUCAGUUACAUUUGAAGUGAUUGAGGAGAGCAAGGCUCCCAGGACCCGUGCAGUGAAGAAUGUGAGAAGACAUGCUUGCUCCUCCAUUAUCAAGAUGUGCAGAGACUACCCACAACUCAUACUGCCCUGCUUCGAGAUGCUGUACUCCCAUGUGAAGCGGCUGUUCUCCAAUGAGCUGCUGCUCACUCAGAUGGAGAAGUGUGCUCUGAUGGAGGCUCUCGUUCUCAUCAGCAACCAGUUCAAGAACUACGAGAAACAGAAGGCUUUCCUGGAGGAGCUGAUGGCCCCGGUCUCCAGUCGCUGGCUCUCAAAAGAAAUGACACAAGUGCUGUCGGACCCCACCUUGUUCCUUGCCUUUGUGGGUGCUGAUGUGAAAGUGAGUGGGAUCAUCGACGAUCCUACUGGCAUCAACAGGUCCAGGAUAAGCUUUUGUGUGUACACCAUUCUGGGCGUAGUGAAACGGGCCCGCUGGCCCAGUGAUCUGGAGGAAGCCAAAGCUGGAGGAUUUGUGGACGGGUACGCCCCCAACGGCAAUCCGAUCUACCGCAACCCCUGCGCCGAGCAGGUCCGAAAACUUCUCCACAACUUGCUCGCUCUCAUAAGGACUCACAACAACCUGUUCCUGCCUGAGAACUUGGCCAAAUUGAGUGAGACGUUUGGCAAAGCCUUUGACAUGAUGGAAGUGGAGAAGAAUGCUAUUUUGGGUCUCCCUCAGCCCUUGUUGGACCUCUACGACUCCCCUGUAUAUAAAACAGUGCUGGAACGAAUGCAGGGUUUCUUCUGUACGCUCUAUGAUAACUGCUUCCACAUUUUGGGAAAUGCAGGCCAGUCGUUGCAGCAGGAUUUCUACACCAUCGAUGGCUUGGCUGGCCAGUUAAUCACCUCUGCUUUCGUCAACCUGGCCAAUGUUCCUGACUACCGGCUCCGCCCCAUGCUUCGUGUGUUCGUGAAGCAGCUGGUUCUCUCCUGCCCUCCGGAGUACUACAACACCCUCAUGUGCCCUAUCCUGGGGCCUCUCUUUGCCUAUCUGUUACAGAGGCUUACUCAGAAGUGGCAGGUCAUCCACCAGAGAAGUAGCCUUUGCAACUCUGAGGACGAACCCCCUGAAGAGAACCCCAUGUCUCAGGAGAUGCUGGACGAGCAGCUGGUCAGGCUGCUGACCCGGGAAGUCAUGGACCUCCUCAGUGUAUGCUGUAUUGUGAAGAGGGGAUCUGAAGCAGCUGGUGCUAAAGAAGGUGAAUUGGAAGAGGAAGAUAUGAUGGCUACAGAUGCUUCCCAGGCUCCUCAGCCAGCGACUACCACGUUGGAUGAAUUGACUGAGCUGGGAAAGUGCCUGCUGAAGAACGAGGACAUUUGUACAACAUUUUUGACAACUGCGUACAGCUCCCUCUCCUGGAAGGAUACCAUUACCUGCCAGAGGAUGACAACGCAGGUCUGCUGGCCUCUGCUGAAACAGGUGAUGUCUGGGAGUCUGUUGGCGGAUGCAGUUACCUGGUUUUACGGCGCCGUGUUGAGGGGGUUGCAGAUGCAUGGGCAGCACGAGGGCUGCAACACUGCGCUCAUCCAGCUGGCUUUCUUCAUUUAUGAGACACUGAGACCCCGCUUCCCUGAGCUGAGGACUGUGAUGGAACAGAUCCCCCAGAUCCAGAUGGACAGUCUGGACCAGUUUGACUUGAAAGUGCUGAACCCUGGACAGCAGAAAACAGCAGACAAAAAGAGGAAGGACAUCUUUAAAAGGCUUAUUUCUGGCACAGUUGGGAAACCCCUUGGACAGCAGUUUAAAAAGGAAGUUCACAUCAAAAACCUACCAUCCCUAUUCAAGAAAAACAAAUCUGAGCCGACACUGGAUACCCUUGAUGGCAAUAGUGCCGGCUUGGCAACACUCUUUUCACCUAACCCUGAUGAUAUUUGAAAAGGUCAAGGACUUGGCACUCGCCAUUUUCUAUAAUGGAAAUGUUAACCUGAGCGACUGCCUUUUAAUUCAUAGAAAGGUCCAUUGUGUAGGUUACCACAGUGUGUAAGAUGUUUUUUUUUUUUUUUUUUUUUUUU